UCUUCGUUACUGGAAUCGCGGUAUUGAAGUCGUGUUGUUAUUAGAUCGUCAUUGGAGCUUUUCAGAGUCGCCAUUAUUAGAGCUAUUGUUACUGGAGUCGGAAUGGAGUCACAUUACUGGAGUGCUGUUAGUGGAAUGGAGUCGCAUUACUGGACUAGUCGUCGUUUAUGGAACUGUCGGUUUUGGUAUUUCGCUUGUUGAUCCUUGUUGGUCUGAUUCGUCGAUUUGUGGUGUUGGUAUCCGCAGCAUCUUCUUAGGUAUCAUUGCUGAAGUUUCGGUAUUUGGCCUU